CUUUGUUUUUGUUUUGUUUUUAUCUCUGAAGACGGUCGAUCCUAAACAGCGGAUUAUGGUCUGUGUAACGAAGUCCCUUCAUGUGAUUCUACUCUUCUAACCAGGAACUGUCAACGUUGUUUCCCUGCAGUUCAGCUAGCUAGCGAGGUUACGUUGUCGUGUUGUUUACUCGGCGCGGCCGAAGUUAGCCGAGUUGUGUUUAUUACGGCGAAUUCAGCAAAGUCACGUUAACUGAAAUGAACACCGGGGUGAAACUGACGUUAUCGCACGUGUAGGAGUUCCCGUGGAUACAGUCAGUUGCGCCACAUUCGGGUUGUACCUCCUGGACCUGCUCUGCAAGUGAGCCGAGCCUCAACGGAUCGACGAGAAUGUAUCGACGAUACGUGUUUCAGACAAUCGGAUGACCCGUCAAACGAGAUAUUCAGGAUGUCAGAUGUAUCAAAUGGAGGAUGAGUGUCAUGCAGCCUCCACUACUUCCUGCUCAUUGUCUUUCAGGAAAGGAGGUGAAUAAAGGGGUCCGGCACCAUGUCGGUGACAGUGGAGACCACAGUGUCCAGAGUGCCGCUCCCCCUCCCGACCCACUUCUCCCACGCAGAGCAGUCCUUUUCCCUCAAGAAGCGGCGCCUCCCUUUUGCCUCCUCUUCCACGUCCGACGCGUCCUUCUCUUCCCCGGCCCGGCUGUCGCAUUCUCUGCCCCCGCUGCCACCAUCCAAGGGGGGCCCCCCGCUGAGCCGGAUGUUUCCCCAGCAUCUGUCCCCUUGGACCCCCCUGUCGCGUUCCCUCAGCGAGUCUCCCCCUCCAGAUUCCGAGUACGAUCCCAGCAAACAGCAGUCGUACUUCAGCCAGUGCUACACUAAUUUGGGCCUUCUAGGUAGAGGAUCCUUCGGAGAGGUCUAUAAGGUGGAAAGCAACAAGGACGGCCGUCAGUACGCAGUGAAGCGAUCCGCUCAUCGCUUCAGGGGCAACAGUGACAGGAACCGCGGCAUGAGGGAAGCCAGGAACCACGAGCGCCUCUGUCCUCACCCUCACAUCCUGAAUUUCGUGGCGGCGUGGGAGGAGUGCGGCCGACUGUACAUCCAAACAGAGCUGUGCAGCACCAGCUUGCUCCUCCACGCCGAGAACAAGCCGCCUGGCCCAGAUGAGCCGGCAGCCUGGGCGUACCUGUGCGACCUCCUCUCAGCGUUGCAACACUUGCACUCUCGUGGUUUCGUGCAUCUGGACCUGAAGCCCGCCAAUGUCCUCAUCACCGACUCUGGCCGUCUUAAGCUGGGGGACUUUGGGCUGCUGCUUGAGCUCACACAGAGCACGGCGUCCGCGGAGGGCAAAGCAAAAGACGACGUCCAGGAGGGAGAUCCCAGGUACAUGGCCCCCGAGCUGCUCCGUGGGAAGUACGGCCCUGCUGCAGAUGUUUUCAGUUUGGGUGUUUCUAUUCUGGAGCUUGCCUGCAACAUGGAGGUUCCAAAUGGUGGCGAGGGCUGGCAGCAGCUCCGACAAGGCUGCCUCCCCUCGGAGUUUACCGGUGGCCUUUCAACCGAGCUUCAGUCGGUGCUGCGGAUGAUGCUGGCCCCGGAACCGUCGGACAGGCCGACGGUCUCCGAGCUUCUCUCCCUCCCCUCUGUCAGGAAACACCGGUGGAGGAGGCGCAUUUAUCUUUUGGCCGCCGAGACCGCGCUGACACUGGUCUCCUUCUAUCAGCUGGCAGUGCGCUUCGGGUGUAGACUCCUAUCGUACCUUCACUGGUCCUUUGCUCCUCACUGGACCAAGCCGUUGCCCUCGACUCCUCCUCAUGGCAGCUGGGACAAGGAUUUAACCCUUCCCCUCAGCGCCAUGCACGCUGACUCGGGGAGCCCAGAGGACGACGCUGUGUUUCUGCUGGAUCCCACAGAGCCGGAGCCUUCCCCCACCUUCUCACACAGGGUUAAAUCUAGACUGUCGGUGGAAAGCACGUCCACUCCUCUCCCGCAUUCCCCGAGGCGCUAUCGGCAAAGCCCCGCCCACACGCCCACUCACUCAAAUCCGGGCGAUUGUUCCUCCUUCAACUCGGCGCACACCCCUUCCAGCAUCCACUCAAAUGGUUCGUGCCGCGCGCUGACCCCCGCUGCGAGCCCCACACACGCCGAGCUUUAUGCGGACCGCACGAACAAAAGCGCCACGCGGAGCCGGCAAUCGUCGUCCAGCAAGUCCUCGCGGCGAGGCGCUCGCAACUGGGUCCGGACCGAGGAGGCCGUGCCGCGGCCCAACUUUGAACCAAAGAACUUGCUCAGUCUGUUUGAGGAUACGGCUGUGGAGGGACAGCCGUGAGCACAAAGCCUAUAGUGAAGAGGAGCUUGUGUUUGAAUGUACCUGAACGGUUUUUGCCAUAUUGUAAUAGUCUUACAACAGCUUCUUUUAAUGAGUAUUUGAAAAAUAUAUAUUUUGGGGGAAAUGAUUGAAUGUGUAAGCAGACCUUGAAAGCACUUUUUUAUGUUUUUGUAAAGGCAAUCUGUCGCUGAAAUGACCUUGUGUGAUGUUAAAUAACUUAUCCGCUGUGUGUACUCAUCAACCUCAUGAGGUGCAGAAGAAAAAUAAAACAUAGAGGGAAUCAAACUGAA